CGGCUUGCUGAGAUUCUGCGACAGAGCAGAGUUGCCUUGAAUUCGAUUGUUUCUGGAGCCUGCAAAAAUGCGCAAAAGGCAAAUAGAUACGCUGAAGAUAUUCAACCACAACGUGCAAGAGGUGGUGGAAAAUGAAGAAUACCUAGUGAAUUUCAACUGUGGUGGUCGGGAAAUCGCUAUCAACAUUCACCUCGGACAGGCCUUUCCGAACGAAAAACCGAAACUCAUCGUCAGUCCCAUCUUGCGACACCACUGGGUUAACCCAACAACCGGAGAAAUCGAAAAUGCACCCGGAAUUCUCAACUACACAAUCCACUCGGAUCUGGGACGAAUAGUGCAAGCGGUCGGAAGGGAGUUCGAAAAGCACCCACCCAUGGUGGUUAACGAGACGCCCUCCACUCCCCAACAUCAGCAGCACCAUGGCCAUCACCAUCAUAAUCAGCCUCGCAACGGGAAUGAGUUUGCGAGCGAAUCGCGAAAAAUUGCCUCCCCGCAGACCCAGGAGCAGCAGGAUCCGUUUGGAUUGCAGAACCUCACCACGGAGGAACUGACUCGCUUGGACAUCGAUGAAGACGUGCGGGAGCAGUUCAUCGAAAAGCUUCCCUUCGUACAGCACCAGAAUGAGGAGAUGGAGCAACUGAUGAACCGCAUCGAAUCGCUGGCCCUCGACAAUGUAGCUCGCCGGGAGGCACUGGAGGAGCGUAAACGGAAGCUGGAAGCACUGGCGCUGGAGUUCAAGCAGCUAGGCCAGGACUGGGAUACCACUAGCCAACGGUAUCAGCGCAAGGCGGAAGACUUUUCCCCGCAGCACAUCAAAGAACUGUUGCAAAUAGCCGUCUCGACGGCCGAUGCCAAGAGUGACGACGAAGCGCAACGCUUCCUGUGCGGUGACAGCGAUGUGGCCACGUUUUUGCAGAACUUUAUCGAAACGCGAAAGCUCUACACCAUGCGCAAGGCGAAAGAGGAGCGAUUGGUGCAGCAGCUGAACGCCCUCGAGCGUGCUGCCUUCUGAGGAUGGCGUUGAUUAUAGGAGAGCUUGAAACCAAAAUUCCUUUUUCUUGUGAUAAACUCAAUCUGAAUGGCGAUUACUCUUAAUUUCGCAAUAAAAUGACCGAAAUACCC